GCUCGCUCUGUUCUGUGAUCAUGGCUGCACUGGACCACACCAGCCAUGUUUGCUAAUUUAAAACCCAAAGGUUAGGGAAUAGUUGUUUAUUAUUUAUCGCUGUGCCAUCCUCACCCGCUUGUUCGCUAAGACCAAGGUUUAGAAGCAUAUGCGCCUUCGAAACGCAAGGACUGAAAGAUGGAGUCAAAUAAUCAUUUCAACUAUGGCACCCACUCCUCGCCAAACUCAGGAAUGAAACUCUCCUCAGGGGAUUCUCUUUAUACGAAUGGGUCCUCCAUGAGUUUCCCUCAGCAGGGGAAGAAUAUAAACGGUGAAAUGAAUGUGAAUGGUGCCACUACUGUACUCGGGUCCGGCGUUGCUGAUUCUCAACCACCAAUGGCUCCAUACCCUCACAUGAGCAACCACCACCAGAGCAGCAUGGGCUAUGACUACUUAUGGGGAGGACACCCACAGUAUGGUCCAGCUAUGUCCACCUCACCUGGGCAUGGGAUGCACCAGAAGCAGCCUGUACCUGGAAUGGGGCAGCCUCAGACACAGCACCACUUCCAGGGUCAUGGACAAUACCAACUCAAUGGUGGUAUUGAAAGCAGCCACCAAGCCCCUGUGGCAGGCCCACCAAACAUGCCUCUUACUGGUCAAUAUUGGAACAGGGGGAACCCUGGCCCACAGCAGAUAGGAUAUAAUUCUCACAGCAUGUAUGGGACCUACCAGAGUCAGGCACAUCCUGGGAUUACACCAUCCCAGCAUCACCAGCAACAGCCCUUGCAACCUUCUCCACAUCCACCGUCACAGCAGCACCUCCAGCCUCACCGUCAUCCAUCCCACCACCACCACCAGCAGCAGCAGCAUUAUGGCAUGAUGCCUAAUGGGAUGCCCUAUUACCAGCAUCAGCCCCAGCCAUCUCCAGAACAGCAGCAGCCUCAGCCCCAAGGCCAGACUCCGAUGAUGUCCCCAGCUAGCCAAAAUUUCACUCCUCCACGUGGCAGCCCACAGAACCACAGCUUAGCUAAAGGGAGCACUAGCAGCCCUCACUCUGUGGGGAUGUCCACAACACAAGUGAUGUCACCGUUAAAAAUGCAAGAGAGUGGAUCACCCAAGAGCCACAACAGAGAACGGAGCCCCCAUUCUAGUAAUAUAGGAAUGUCCUCUGCCAUGCAAGGGCAGACAAAUGAAAAUGUUAAAGAAGUGGACACAACAUUUAAUGGCAGCGAAAAGACACCUGUUGCCCAGAGGUUAGCCAAAACUGAUUACCAUCCUAAACCUGCUGCGGCUCAUCUGGGACCAGCACUUGAUUGUCGGCCUCAUUUUGACCAGCCACCAGCUCAACCUCCAGAAAUCUCUUCCCCUGUCAGACAUAAACCUGGUAGUACACCCACCAAGUCUGUGUCAUCUCGUCUUGCUGUAUCCACGUCACCUGCAACGGUGUCACCAUCUUUCACCAAGACUUCUGGAGCUCCUGUCGUCUCUGGAUCUCCAACUUCUGCAUCUGUGCCUCCAGUGCUGUUGUCACCCAAUGCAGAAUCCAGUCCACAUCCCAAAGCACCUUCUGCUUCAACUCCUGAUACUCCUCCCAGGGUUUCGUCGCCUCAUCCAGUGGGGCAGGGCCUCAGGCCUGCUACUUCUGCUGUCACUCAGAAAUCACCUGCUAGAGCCAUGCAUACUUCAGUGGAGUCAUCUUAUCCUUCUGCAUCUUUGCUACCCGAUGGUGUGUACAAACCUAUCAUGGGUUCCUCUAGCCUUUCAGUGUCUUCCACUUCUGGAUCAUCUCUUUUGUCAAUAUCAGGAUCUUUGACCUCAACACCACCUGGAUCAUGUUUAUCAAAACCUGCAUCUCCCAAACCUCCAUCAGGAACUCUUUCAGCUGACAGUAGACCUUGUGAACCAGCAUCUUCGCCCCAGCGCGAGACAUACACCCCUUCUGCUGCUAACUCUGGUCUUUCCACUGCUGCUGCAGCAUUAUCACCAUCUGAAGCAGUGAACUUUCCCUCCUUAGCAGCCUAUGAACGUCCCACUGUCCGAACUCAGUCUGCCCUACCUCUUCUAACCACUGAAGCCUCCAAGACUGCAUCUGUGUCUGCUCCUUCUGCCUUUGUGUUUGUGCCUCCUGUAAUGGGUACAUCUUGUGGAGGAAUCCAGAGUCUUGACUCUGAGCGUCAUUCUCAUGACACCAGUCCUCAGCAGGCACUAAAACUGUCCCCUAAGCCAGAGCAACACUCUCAAAGUGAGGAUAGGAUGGAAUUAGGUUUUAAAAGAAAUGGGAAACCAGAAGAACACCUCCAUCACAUUGCUUCAGACGUGACUCAUAAAUUGGCUGCUUUAGAUCAAAAGUCUAUGAAUGAAGCAACAGACCUUAAAAGGCACCACAUGCAGACCAGUGCCAUUUGUGAAGCAGAGGAACACCAGGUGGAGCAAAAUCAAUUGACAAGGUCCUCCUCAGCAUCACAGUAUACCAGUCAUUGUGCUGAUAAGGAAGGCUUGGAUAACUCUUUGCUUAGUACAACAUGUGACACGCCUUCUGGAAUGGAAGCCAGCUCUGUCCGGAAAAAGACAGAACAGGAGCCAUCUACUAUAGAUAGCAGCUUCAGCGAUGACACACUGGACUCCACUAGGGAAACCUCAGAGGCAGACAAAACAAAGAACAGCCGUCCAAUUGCUGGGGAAUCAAUGCUGGAGGCUUCUCUGAGCAACGCCUCCCAGAUGGAUGAACCCUCUGUUGAGUCAAGUGAUAUGUCCAGUCCACAGGCAUUUAUGCAGCCUGGUCAUCAAGGUGCUGAAGCAAAGUGGGGGCUCAGAGGACACGAUACACCAGACUCAGCUGGACGGAUUAGCGUUAAGGCGACUGUUAAUGAAACAAUGACUCCCCCGAGUUUCAGGAUGAGAAGUGAGAACUUUAUUGCCUUCAGUACCCCUGCAGAGAGCCCUGCUGUACACCCACUCCAACCUGUCAAUGAUCAGGUUGUCUCAGCUGCUGAAGGAAAUCUGAAGACCCCAGGGAAACCACGCAAACCUCGAGCUCCAAAGGCAAUAUGGACGAAAACCCAAGCUCCUGAUGAGGCCCAACGGAAGCCUCGAGUUCGAACCCCGAAAUUGGUAAAGACGGAUGAAGGUGGCAAUAAAGAGGAGGCUGCCAAGGGCAGAAAGAGGAAGAGGUCCCUCAAGGUGGAUGGAAAAGAAACCUCAGAUGUAUCUGGAGAUGCUGGACGUGCCACAGAAGAAGAAGUAGAUUCUGUCACCGCAACGAUCGAAGCUGUUCUGGCCAAUGCUUCAGCUAUUGAUACAUCAGUUGAGAAAACCAAGAAGGCAAAAAGGGUCAAGAAACAAGAUCAAGAAGGGGACUUAAAAACGAAGAAACAAGAUGCAGAAAGAACUGCCGAUGAUGUUGAUGAAAAUGACGACGACAGCUCCACUGCAGGUGAAUCUACCAGGCGCCGAGUUGCCACGGAGGACCAGGUCCAGUUUCCUUUACUGCAUGGUUGGAAGAGGGAGAUUCGUGUGAAGAAAAUUGAGAACCGCAUGAAAGGGGAAACCUGGUAUUGGACACCUUGUGGAAGGAGGCUGAAACAAUUCCCUGAAAUAAUUAAGUACUUGAAGAAACACACAGACAGUGUGGUCACCAGAGAACAUUUCAGCUUCAGCCCACGCAUGCCUGUUGGAGACUUCUACGAAGAGAGGGAAACUCCAGAGGGAAUGAAGUGGGUUCUCUUGGCUAAUGAGGAGAUUCCUUCUAUGAUCAUGGCCAUCACAGGACGCCGAGGUCGACCUCCCAAUCCUGAUAAAGAGAAACCCAGAAGAGUUCGCAGCGCGAGGGGAGGACCGGCCCGGCGUCCUGGUAGACCUCCUAAACCCACGAUGGUCGACCUCCUUAGCAAAGUUGAUGCAAAGCUUUUGAAACGGCUUGAAGCUAAGGAAGCACUUACUGAGGAGGAAAAGGAGAAACUUGCAAAAAUCAAAAAGAAAAUGAAGAAAAAGGCAAGAAUGAAGAAAAGGGAGGAUGCCAAGAUCAAGAAAAUGAGAGAGGAAAAGAAGAAAGGCAAGCUUGAGCAAGACGCAAAGGGCCUGGAGGUGAAGACUGAACAAACGGAUCUGAUGGUUCCAGAAGUCUUACAGUCUGUUCCAGACAUCCCACAGUCUCAAUCAGUCUCUGCCUUAGAGCCCAAGAAGCCUGGGCGCAGAAGGUCCAUCAAGGUGGAAGCUGUUUCUCCAAUACAGCAGACAGACGAAGAGAGGAUAGCCCAGGGCAAAAGAGUGCUAGGUGCUCGGAGUAAAGCCAAGGCACUGGCGAAAGCUCAAGCAGAGGCUGAGGCCGCCGCUCAGGCCGCGCUGGCAGCUAAGAGGGCAGCAGAGAGGAGACUGCAGGCACAGAGACGUCUGGAAGAACGCAAAAGGCAACAACUUAUCACAGAAGAGUUGAAAAAGCCAGCAGAAGACAUGUGUCUUACUGACCACAAACCACUUCCAGAGCUGUCGCGUAUCCCUGGUGUGGUGCUCUCCGGUACAGCCUUUGCACACUGCCUGGCUGUGGUGGAAUUCUUACACGGCUACGGAAAGGUGAUUGGUCUCAAUAUACCCAGUGACAUCCCCAGUCUUGCUACGCUGCAAGAGGGCCUCCUAGGCCUGGGUGAGAGCCAAGGAGAGGUCCAGGAUCUUCUGAUAAAGCUGGUAGAGUCUGUGCUCCAUGAUCCAGGUCUGCCCUCAUAUUAUCAGUCUGUAAAGAUCCUUGGGGAGAAGCUAGUUGAAAUGGAGCUGACUCGCAGCACUGUUUCGGAAGUUCUUCGAAUCUUUUUGGAAUCUCACGGUUAUGAGACUGAGGUCUGUAACACGCUGAGGACCAAAACAUUUCACGCCCUGCCCCCAGACACGAAGGCAGCCAUCCUGGGUUUCCUGGUGGAAGAGCUCAACAGCAGUAACAUUGUGAUCAGUGACAUUGACAACACGUUGGAAAACAUGACAACGUACAGGAAGAACAAGUGGACCAUUGAGAGUAAAUUGCGCAAACUGAAGGCAGUACUAGCGCGUCGUACAGGACGCUCUGAGGAGGAGCUGUGUUUUGAGGAGCGGCGACGCAGUGCCAGAGUGGCCGAGGAGGAGAACCUCAGUCUGGAGGAGAGCGGUUUAGUGCUGGAGAGAGGCAGCCGUCGCACACGCAAAGAGGAGCCAAAACUGAGCGAUAGUGAAAGUCCCACCACUGCCAGCAUUCCUGAACUUGAAAGGCAGAUAGAUAAGCUAACUAAGCGACAAGCAUUUUUCCGUAAAAAGCUGCUACAGUCAUCUCAUUCCAUGCGGGCCGUACUACUGGGGCAGGACCGAUACCGGCGCAGAUACUUGGCCUUACCUCACCUCGGAGGAGUUCUGGUCGAAGGGCCGGAGGAGCUCUUGACCUCCGAUGAUGUCCUUGUAGCUGAAGUGCCAGUCACCUUCCUCAAAAAGGAGCCGAAAGUUGAGAGGACCUCCGUGCCUACCACACCCACUCCCACUCUACCGUCCUCGCCUUCUUCUGCUACCCAAAUCCAGGCCCAGGCCUUGUCACCAGAUGAGGACCCCCUUCCAGGCACUGCAUCCCUCAUGAGCAGGCAGAGAGGACGUGGCCGCCCCCGAAAAAUCAAACCAGAAGUAGAGCUCCACCUACGCACAGCAAGGAUCCGUCGCCGGCGCAGAAGUAGUGUCCGAUCGGCCAGUGAUGACGGACCGGGAUCACCAAACAGUAGCACACAAGACCUCACGCAGGCUGCUUUCCAGAACUGGCUUAGCCAGUCUCAGGAAGCACUGAGUAAUAGCACAUGCUCAGCAGCAGGGGAAACACCGGAGGGCAAUCGGCCAGAGGAGAGCGUGAAGGAGAUGGCAGAGAAACAGGGACAGUGGUUCAACUUGCUCCCCAAACAACCGUGUGACGAUAAUUCUCUUACUGAGCCUCAGGCACCCGCCUCCCCCAGCUCCCCCCCUAAACUCCAUCCUCAGAUCUCAAGUGCGCUGCCCACAUUUGCAGCUCCACUCCUGCAGCCUGAUCCACUCCUGCCAGACUUGACCUCAGCCGACUCUGUGACCCCAGCAGCUUCACAGGACAUUCCUCCGUCACCCUCUUUGUCUUCUGUUCCUACUGUUGGUGCACCAUGUGGCUCACCUGCGCCCCCAGAACCCCCACAGCUUCUUCCAGCACCCGUUCCUUCUGUUCCUCCGGCUCCAACCACCCCCGCGAGGCCUGCUCGUAGGCGGAGAAGGGGCAGCAGAGGCAGCAGUCCUGCGCGCAGAGGGCCACGAGGAGCUGCAGCCAAGCGCCGCGGCCGCCCUCCAAACUCUGUGUUUCAGGAGCUCGAGCAGCAGUACUUCACACAACUGGUGGUCAAGCCCAUUCCUGCAUCAAUGGUGCGUGGCUGGUGGUGGAUCAAGGACCCAGAGGAACUGUAUGACACCUUACAAGCCCUCCACCCAAGAGGCAUCAGGGAGAAAGUGUUGCAUAAGCAUUUGGCCAAACACAUCGAAAGCUUAGCUGAGAUGUCCACCAAACCCAUUGAUGACCCAUUAUUUAAUCUAAAGUUAGAGGAUAAAGACGUGCUGAUAGAGGCCCUGCAGCAGCCAUGGCAAGUACAGGAGAAGGCCAUAGAGACUGACAUCAGUGCUCUGCAGUGGGUGGAGGACCUGGAGCAGCGUGUUGUUGCGGCUGACCUUCAUCUGAAAGCGCCUCCUCAGAAUGCAGUGAAUGACACUGAAUCUAACACAGAGACACUAAUGGCAGAAUUCCAGCCCUACACAAUCCCAGACUCAGACUCCACACGGGAUGACCUCCAGUACUACGAACACGACACCGAUCCUCGUGAUGACUGGAUUGUGCGGACUAAGAAGGAGUGGUCCGGCCUGCCUCGUAUUGCUACGCACCCCCUGGAUCUGGCCGUGCUGCGACUAGCCAACCUUGAACGAAACAUUGAGAGACGCUACCUGAAGGAACCACUAUGGAAUCCGUCUGAAGUCAUGCGUCUCGCUCCUCUCACCCCAACACCAGGAGAAGAGCAUCCCAUGGAUGUCAUAAGUCUGGAAAGUGAAAUCACGUCCCGAAUGCGAACAUGGCGACAGGCUCUAGAUCGCUGCCGCAGUGCACCCCAGCUCUGUCUGUGUCUGCUGCAGCUUGAGAAGGCUAUUGCUUGGGAGAAAUCUGUGACUAAAGUGACAUGCCAGGUUUGCAGGAAGGGAGACAAUGACGAAUGCCUGUUGCUGUGUGACAGCUGUGAUCGCGGUUGUCACAUGUACUGCCUACGGCCCAAAAUCACUCAGGUGCCAGAUGGAGACUGGUUUUGUCCAACCUGUGUUGCCAAGGAGGAAGAUGAUACAGUGCGCCUGACCAAAACAAGGACCCGGGUGAAAAAACGAAGAUAUGAAGAUGACAGUUCGGAAGAUGAAACGACGCCGAGGCGCAGUGGGGGCAUGGCAACACGAAACAAGGAUUCAGUAGCAGUGUCCUCGUCUUCUCGUUACUCUGGAGAAGGAAGUGGCACAAAACGUCGUCGCAUGACAACACGCAACCAGCCUGACCUCACUUUCUGCGAGAUCAUUCUUAUGGAGAUGGAGGCUCAUGCAGAUGCCUGGCCGUUUCUUGAGCCUGUCAACCCCCGUCUGGUGCCAGGCUACCGCCGUAUUAUCAAGAACCCCAUGGACUUCCUGACAAUGAGAGAGAGGCUGCUGCAAGGAGGAUACUGCAGCUGUGAAGAGUUUGCGGCUGAUGCUCAGCUUGUCUUUAACAACUGUGAGCUAUUUAACGAGGACACGUCAGAGGUGGGGAUGGCUGGACACUCCAUGAGACGCUUCUUUGAGAGUCGCUGGGAGGAGUUCUAUUCGGAGUUCUGUAAGGACAAAUAGAGCUCUAGGACGUUCCCCCUGAUGGUGGGGCUGUGGACUGUUGGUGCUUUCACCGUCUGAGUCACGCUCUCUCUCUCUCCCUCUCUCCAUUACUACUUAGACUGGAGGCUGGGGGUUCCAGCCCUCUGUGUUCUCUCAUGUAUAGGUAUAUAUGUAUAGAUUUGGGCUAUUUGUCUGUUAUUGUUCCCUCUACCGGCCUGAAUCGUUUUGAGGCCCUCAGCUGUACGGGUGCUAACUUCUAUCGAGACCCCAUCGCAGAAACUGAGAACACAUCUUCCUUCACGUUUCUUUCCACUGUUCAUUUGCAUUCUCCUGUUACAUCUUUCACAAGCCCUGUGUCAUGCCCGGCUGUGGAGAGAUGACACGGACUCCCAGCGUGAGUGGUUCACUCUCAGACUUGUACUGAAGGCCCAUCACACUAUUGCAGCCUAACUGCUGCAUACUGGACCUGCUUAGCACCACUUGGCAACCAAAUGGAUCAAAACUCUUUAUAGAGCUUGGGCCAUUUCUUACCUGUUCAAUGGAAAUGUAAUGUAAUGUGGUCUUAUGCCUAGAAGUAAUUUUUUUGCUCAAUAUAUUUUUAUUAUAUAUUCUAUAUAAAUAUAUAUACAGAUUACAAUAGCUGGGAUUAUUUAAUAGCAAUAGCUUGUAGUGACUGUGUACAGGUUACCGUAUAGAGAUGUUUAGAUGAUUUAUGAAAAGGCCAGUUAAACUAAAAGGAAUCUGUCUUUGGACUGUCACAAGUAGACGCUGUGUAACUUACACUUUUCUUGCACGCACACAUAUUUCACUUAUACACACACAACAUACACAUGGUUACACACACACACACACACACACACACACACCUUCUGCUGCUUUGUGAAAGACACUGGUUUCAAAAACUGGAGGGUUUGUACUAUUAGUUGAUUUGGGCUUGAGUCUUCUAUUACCACAUCCCGAUUGGAAAGAGUUCAUAUUUAGACGUUUACAAUUGAUGUCAAAACUUCAAACAUCACUGUAAUAUUGAAGUGGUUCAUUUAAACACUCUUGUUAGAAAACACACAGCUUACAAUUGAGUGUUGCUGCUAUGAAUUCAGAAUUGGCCAGCUGUUCUGUGUUGAGAAGUUUCUUGUCUUUCACUUUGACCUGAAGAAAAGAUGUAAUGGUGGUUUUGUGCGAGGUUGAAAUCCUCUAAUUUUAAAGUCUACAGUUGCAAAGGAGCUCUGAUAAUGAAGUACUUGGCACAUUCCUGCCUAGUUUUCUGUCUUACAUUCCCUUUUACUGAUUUUAUUUUUCCGUGCAGUACGAGGGCCAUUGUACGACGUUCGGUGGCUUGGUUAGUGUGCUUCGAAAGCAUCAGGAUAACUCCACAGUUUGGGUUUUAUUUAAACUUGUUUCUUACACUGAAAAGUAAAGUUUAAUGUUCCUUAUUACAGUGAAAGGGACACGUUUCCUUUUUUUUUUUUUUUUUUUUCCAAAAAAGAAAAAAAACAUGAAAACCAAAAUGUGGUGUUAAGUGAAUUUUUAAUAAUGUACAGUUUUGGUGACUUUAAAUUUGUUCCUUUAUAUUUUUAGGACCAAUUCAUCAUUUUUAAGAGGAGGUAUAAGACUCCAUUGUAUUAAGGUGAUGUAACACGUGUGCAUCUGUAGAAUGUACUGUGAGUUGAAUAAAAACCACAUCUAGUAGAAAGUA